AUGGCGCCCCAAAGAACAGUACGAUACACAGAGAACCCAUACUCGAGGGACCGCCUACUGAAAUUUCAACAGACCCCCGAGAACGGGCCUGCGCCAAGCCGUCCGCGCCUGCAAGCCAUCAACCAGAAUUUCUCAGACGUGGACGAACAAGUCGAACAAGCCGCGCAUAUUAUUGGCCUCCCGGACGACUGGGCGACUACAACGGGCGACGAGCGAGACAGAAUCGCACAAUCAGUGGUCCGAGCAAGGGCAGAGUGGGUUUUGCGCUGGACACUGGACAAGCUGAAGGAUGAGACGGCAGCUGGGAGGACGGCACGAGGCACCUUUGCCCUCUGGACGCUGUUGGACUGGAUGCUGGACGUCUUACCCGCAUCACGCAGCGCGCCCCACCUACGAGACGCUGCAUUCCCCCCCAUUCUCGAGCGGACUCUGAUCGAGCACUUCGACCAGCUUGAUCCUAUACCCACGUCCGAGGACCUCGAGACGAGCGACAUUUCCGUAUCGAGCGAGACAAUCGGCGAAAGCGCCAAGCCAUCCAAGAAGCGAAAGCGUGGAGCAGCUGGCGCGAAUGGCUCCGUUGGACAGACUAUUCUUGGACCCUCGGAGCUCCAGAAGCUGUUCCUCUCGAUUAGGACAGUGGUCAGGUCGAUCACCGGUUUGAGCAUCCCACGAGGCCAGGGCGAGGAUGCGGUCCAGGCUGAGCUCAUGAAGGUCGUGCUGAGGACUGAGAGUGCGCAAGCGGGUAGCAUCGCGAAGAACUGGCUUGUUGCUGUUGAGAAGCUCCUUGGCUUGGCUCCGUCUACCCCCGGCAGCCAGCACCUUGCUGAGAUUAUGGAUCUGUCGUUGGUAGUAGACAUCUGGGAGCUGCGCACUGUUGCUGCAAGCGACGAGUCUGGUUCUUCUGCUGACGAGUUCUCCGCAGAGUGUCUCGUUCCAGCUCUGACGCUCCUCAACACGCUCAAAGCACUGCGCUCAGUACACCCGGAUCAGUCCGUAGCCUCGUCCACUGAUCGCGCAACACAAACCAUUGAGAGGCUUCUGGCGAGGCAUCUGUUCGCACCAGCCAGAGCUGCCUUCCUUGCGGAUGCAGACAAGGCCACCGAGAGCACCAGCAAAUAUCGAGAGGCGACGUUGCUUGCCAGCAGUCUGGCACCACUACGUGCAAGGCUUCUGCAGGCAGCUCAGAUCGAGGACGACGGAGAGUCGGUGCCGGCUGACCUAGCUGCGCUGUCUGGCGCAUCACCACAGCUUCUGAGCUUAGCCAUUCGUAUUUCGCCAUCCAAGACACCAAGGAGCAAAGUUGCCGAGAAGCCAUGGAUCGAAGCCGUCUUCGUAGCGCUGGCAGAAUGUGCGGGCUGCGCUGUGACGACACCACCUGCCUUUGUGACGCCAAAGACCGCGAUCGAGGUGCUCGUCCACGCGAUCAGUAUCCUUCAAGCGCACAGUGUAAGUAUCAAGUCAGACAUCUUGAAGGAUCUGUUCUGGUACCACUCGGGUAUCAAAUACCCUAUCGGUAAAGACAAGCAAGUACAUUGGUCGCUUAUGGCUGCCUUGAUUGAGCUUGACUCGAGUGUCUUCGUAACAGAGCCAAAGGGUCUCACAGGGCCCUCAAAAGCUCAACAGACCGAUCUCGCACAGGUCGUCUUCGAUGAGAUUUCAAAGGCUCAGUUCGAAGGACCUGGUUUUGCUCAAGAGCUUGAUCAGAAAUCAAGCAGCAAACGAGGCCCAAAAAGCCAGAAUCAGCCUCAGAUCAGUAGGGUCACGGUAUUGGAACGCAUCGUUGUUCCCCUGAUGUCUGGGUUCGCCACAAACCGCAAUUUGCUCGGUUUCAUCCGCCGCUGGGAUGACCAGCUAGCCAACGCCUAUAGACACGAGAACCGAAAGGCCCUCAAGGAUUGCAGAGACAUGAUCUGGGAAGACCGCGUAAUUAGCCAGGCUCUUGCUCAGCGCUUUGAACAGUCAUUGACCCAAGGGCAAAUCGCGAACCUGCUACAAGAGCAUGUCCAGCGCAUGGAUAACCUCGGCAGCGCCUUGACCGCCGAGGCAAAGCAAGACGUCAACGUCAAGAAGCUCGCUGCUUACAAGAAAGCUGCGAGCACUGCAGUAAUCGUACCGGCUGUUCUUCAGUCGAUCGAGUCCGACGAGAUCAUCGAAGCCGUCAAGCCCCAAUUGCGCUCGCUGCUUCAGUCAUAUUCGACUUGGGUUCAAGAUGACCGCUACAGCACUCACACACGACUGCCGCUUUCAUGGCUCGCCCUGUGUCAGCUGGUGUCAAAGCUCUGGCCGAUUGAGUUGCACGGCUCGGUAGAGCAGCAGGAAGAGCUUCUGUCGCCAUUGAUCGAGCAAUCUCUCAACGACGUGUCCGCAGCAUCCGGCAAACGUGUCGACUCUCCCACGCGAGCAGCAGCUAUGUUGUUCUUACUCGAUGCUUGUGAUUAUCUGCAGACACUGCCAGGCUCUGAGGAUCUCAUCCGGCCCAGUUUGGACAAGAUCCUUCAGAUCCUCUCGAGCGGUGGACUCAACCAGACUGAGCACGUCAAGAUGGUUGGGUUCUUUUGUGCCGACUUCAUUCAUCUUUUCGGGCACUUGGGCGCUGAAGUAGCUCAGCGGUCCCUGCAGCAGCUGCUGGCAGCCGUGUCAAGUUUGGACGAUGAUGCCAGCAACACUGCCAUCCAGUCACUCUCUCAAGCCAUCUUCGAACAGGGAAGCUCGUCGUUGCAAGACCUUUACGUCACAGCCCUGCGAGAGCUUCUCGAAAACGACAACACCCGUACGCAGCGUCUGGCAAUCACAUCUCUGUACUUUGUUCGGCCCUCUGCGAUCUCGAGAGAGAGACGGGAGGCUGUACUAGAUCAACUCACCAACUUGGUUGUACUCGGCUCACAAGAUGUGGCAGGCGUGCUCAGCAUCAUGGUACAGCUCAUGGAAGCAUCCAAUGCAACAGCCAAGAUCUCCAGCGAUGGUGCUGUUCUCUUCGCGAUUGCGGAACAGCUGCAGAAGUCAGGUGUUUUGUCAUCCACGACCCUUCACAGUCUUCAGCAACUCGUCCAGUUGGUUCUUGAGCAGAUUGUUUCCAACCAAAGCCAGUCACAGAACAUGAUCUACUUGGGCAAGCUCAAGGGGAAGCUCGAUUCGGUCACAGGUAAAGGCAAGCCGUGUUCUGCCGCCAAUCUGGCUAUCCUCCGUGCCGUCGUCGCGGUACAGAAGCAGAACACUUUGCUGCAACCCAAGCAGUAUAUGUCGGUGCUCAAAACAUGUCUGACCAACGACUCCUCAAACGAUAACGCCGCAUCGCUUCAGGACGUCAUUGACACGUUCAAUGAGCUGCCCACCGCCGCACUUACGGAGGCCAAGCUGCUGGACUCUACUCAGGCCUAUUUGCGUACCUGGAUCAACGACAACGCAGACCUAGAGUCAUACUUGGUCACUGGUGGUCAGGGUCCCCUCGAACUGGCUGAGUACGUUGCGCGCCUGCAUACAACAGUCGCAAAGUACAAGCUCUACCCCAACGCUCAGUGGCUUGUCAACUUCACGCUCAAGUGUCUUCGCGAACCCGUUUCCGAACAGCGCAAGAUCACCACCACGACCACAAUGAGGGACGUCUUCGCCCACCUCCCAGUCUUCGAAAAACUAGACCUCGUCCACACACUCACCCAGCCGGCCGACCCCCUCGACCUCUCAUCUUCAUACCGUCUCCUCACAACCCUAAUCUCGACCUUCGAAGACCGCUACGAAUCCAACAUCGAGCUGAAAAACAACCAACUCGCGCUCCUCCCCCGCCUGUGCUCGCUCCUGACCCACUCUCCGGACCACGCAUCCUUCAACGCCCUGCUCUCCGGCAUCAACACCCUCCUCUCCUCCACCCCCUCCCUCGCAACCCAGCACUCCAUCGAAACCACCGUCUGCGCCCUGACAACGCUCGCCUCGCGCUCCAGCCCCGCGCUCCCCGCAUCCAACGCGCCUGCUAUCUACGCCCGGCUCUGCGAAUCCACGCGCCUCAUUCUGCUUCUGCACCGCGGCCGUCCGGACGUUGUGGGUUUGACGGAUGCGAAUGGAGCGAUGUUUGCGCGCGUGCUGGCUACGCUCUGUAAUCCGCCACAGAGCAGCAUUCAGAAGACGCAUACAGGUGGCAAGACGAGCAAAACGCUCAACGACCCUGUCAAAGCGGCGAGGGAGAAGACGUCUGCUUUCCUCUACCCGCUGCUCGCGUCGUACUGUCGCUUCCAGCUCAGUGGGAGACUGGAACAGGGGGUGAGGGAGAAGGUCAUGCCGAGCAUUUGGGAAGUGGUUGGUACGGCGAGUCUUAGUAGGGAUGGGUUGGAUGCGAUGUUUGCGGGGCUGGGGAGGAGUGAGAGGGAUGUGUGGCGCGGUGUAUGGGGUGAGUGGGAGAGUGUGCAUGGCCGCAAGGAUCUGCUAUCUGGAGACGUUGUGUAA